UAAAGAGGGAGAUGUCAUGAUCGGUGGAGCCUUUUCCAUCCACAGCAAAAUCACGCAACCUCCACUUUCCUCUACAGAGAAACCAACACGUCUCGCAUGUUCCAGUGUCAAUCUCAGGGAGUUUCGAUUUGCCCAGACCAUGAUCUUUACAAUUGAGGAAAUAAACAAAAGCGAAUUUCCUCUUCCCAAUGUUUCGAUUGGAUACCGUAUUUAUGACAACUGUGGCUCAACAUUGUCCUCUAUACGUGCAGUAAUGGCCUUAAUGAAUGGUGAUGAGUGGACUGUGGGAAAGAGCUGCUCUGGUCAAUCAGCUGUUCAUGCUAUUAUUGGGGAGUCAGAAUCCUCAUCAACCAUUGUGCUGACACGCACUACAGGACCAUUCAAAAUACCAGUGAUAAGUCAUUCAGCUACUUGUGAGUGUCUGAGCAACAGGAAAGAGUAUCCCUCUUUCUUUCGAACCAUUGCCAGCGACCUCUACCAAAGCCGAGCCCUCGCCCAGCUGGUCAAGCACUUUGGCUGGACCUGGGUCGGGGCAGUCAACAGCGACAGUGACUAUGGCAACAACGGCAUGGCCAUCUUUCUUGCUGCAGCCCAGGAGGAAGGAGUGUGUGUGGAGUAUACAGAGAAGUUUCACAGGGCAGACCCAGAAAAACUCAUGAAAGUUGUUGAAGUGAUCCAAAAGAGCACUGCCCGGGUCAUCGUUGGUUUUCUGGCCCAUGUAGAGAUGAACAACCUUCUAGAGCAGUUGAGUCUACGCAACAUCACAGGCCUGCAGUUUAUUGGUGUGGAGGCCUGGAUCACUGCUGACAGCCUUGUGACUCCCACCAGCUUUACUGUGCUGGGAGGUUCACUGGGUUUUGCUGUGCAGAAGGCAGAUAUCAGUGGCAUGGAUGACUUUUUAAUCAAAGAUUUCUGGGAGACAGAAUUUAAGUGCACAGAGGCAAACAAGGACACUAUGACAGAAACAGCACAAUGCAAAGAAAACCAGGAUCUAAUUGACUUUAAAGAUUAUUACGAUGAUGUGGCAGAGCUGAGAUACUCCAGUAACAUCUACAAAGCCAUCUAUGCUGUGGCCCAUUCUCUGCACAGCAUCUUAAAGUGCUCCAAGGGUUGUGAUAAGACUGUAAAGGUUACUCCCCAGAAGGUAGUGGAGUCUUUGAAGCAGGUAAAUUUUACCAUUAAGAACGGGGACCAGGUGUGGUUUGACAGCACCGGAGCAGCUGUGGCUCGGUAUGAGGUGGUGAACUGGCAGCGUGGAUCAGAUAACUCAAUCCAGUUUAAACCCGUCGGCUAUUAUGAUGCCUCCCUACCUCCUGGACAGAAGUUUGUACUCAAGACUGAAGCCAUAAUGUGGCCUGGAGGGAAGACAGAGGAGGUGCCUGUGUCAGUGUGCAGUGACAGAUGUCGUCCAGGAACUUAUAAAGUCCAUCAGAAAGGAAAGCCAGUCUGCUGCUAUGACUGUUUACCAUGUGCAGAGGGAGAAAUCAGCAACAGUACAGAUUCUAAUGACUGCAAAAAGUGUCCUGAAGAGUAUUGGUCCAAUCAAAACAGAGAUGCAUGUAUACUGAAAAAUGUCGAGUUCCUCUUCUUCACUGAGGUUAUGGGCAUAAUACUUGUAUUUUUCACUUUAUUUGGUGUGCUCCUUACUUUAACUGUGGCUGUUCUAUUCUUGAUCAAUAAGGAUACUCCAUUGGUGAAGGCCAACAACUCUGAGCUGAGCUUCCUGCUGCUCUUCUCCUUGACUCUGUGUUUCCUGUGUUCUCUGACUUUCAUCGGCCGGCCCUCUGAGUGGUCCUGCAUGCUGCGCCACACAGCAUUCGGCAUCACCUUUGUUCUCUGUAUCUCAUGUGUUCUGGGGAAAACUAUAGUGGUGUUAAUGGCCUUCAGGGCAACACUUCCUGGUAGUAAUGUGAUGAAAUGGUUUGGGCCUGCACAGCAGAGGCUUAGUGUUUUGGGCUUCACUUCAAUUCAGAUUUUAAUUUGCAUACUUUGGCUGACAAUCAACCCUCCCUUUCCCUUCAAAAAUAUGAACCACUAUAAAGAAAAGAUUAUUCUUGAGUGUGCCCUGGGAUCUCCCGUUGGGUUUUGGGCUGUAUUGGGAUACAUAGGACUCUUAGCUGUGUUAUGUUUUGUACUUGCCUUUUUGGCCAGAAAGUUACCUGAUAAUUUCAAUGAAGCUAAAUUCAUCACUUUCAGCAUGCUGAUAUUCUGUGCAGUCUGGAUCACCUUUAUCCCAGCAUAUGCCAGCUCCCCUGGGAAGUUCACUGUGGCUGUAGAGAUAUUUGCCAUUUUAGUCUCCAGUUAUGGCCUUCUUCUCUGUAUAUUUGCUCCAAAGUGUUUUAUUAUUGUUCUCAAACCUGAACUAAAUACAAAGAAAUAUCUAAUGGGAAAAACAGGAUCCGAUUAA